GACGUUUUGCUUGUGAUAGCUCAUCCUGACGACGAAGCAAUGUUCUUCACUCCGACAAUCCUUGCAUUGAGAGAUAGCGUGAACGUACAUGUGAUGAGCUUGUCGAACGGUGAUUACGCGGGAUUGGGUUGGGUACGAGCGAGCGAGCUCGUUGAGAGCUGUCGUCUGCUGGGGAUCCCAAAAGAACGUGUGAGCGUAGUGGACGAUCCGUCCUUGCAGGAUGGGCCCACCAAUACGUGGAGCCCGGACACCAUAUCCUUGUAUAUACUGCCGUACCUGAAGAAGAAUGGUAUCAGCACAGUCAUCACCUUUGAUGAAUAUGGUGUAUCAGGACAUCCCAAUCAUAUAGCAGUUCACACUGCCUUGGUGAAGCUCGUCCAGAACAAGCGGAUUGAAAAAGGAAAGGCAUGGAAGCUACAGAGUGUCAACCUGUAUAAUGGACUCCCCGACGUCGCAGACAGUCUUCUUCUUCGAUCUCGGAGCAGUCUGGAAAUGUCUGAAGGUAAACCUGGUGGGGAUGGACGUGCCUUUCAUCACAGUACCCAUUCGCAGGCUCACAACAGCCAGUGCGAGUGGUUUCGCCAUCUUUUCAUCGUCUUUGGAAGAUACUCCUACAUGAACACAUUAGAU